AUGGCUCCUUCAUUAGAAGUUGGUCUUGAACAAGCUCCUGCUCCUCUUCCCACUAAAGCUACAUCGACCACUAAGCCGGCGCUAUCUUAUACACCAGGUCGCACUAUAGUCGAGAAACACGAGACCUAUGAGUAUGAUGAUCUCCGACCUUCUUUCCCAGAUAAGAAAUGGCCAGCGUUAGAGGAAGUCCCAUACACAGACAAAGGACUUUUGGGUUCAGAUACCUUCAAAGACCUCCUAGCAACCGCUACUGAUGCAUUUGAUUACGUCCCUAAGAUUGGUACCGAAAUCCACGGGGUUGAUCUCGCCAACCUUACUGAUGCUGCUAAAAACGAUCUUGCUCGACUCAUCUCCAUCCGUGGGGUCGUCUUUUUCCGCAAUCAAAAGAACUUUGACAUCGAAGCACAACGCAAAUUGGGUUCUUAUUUCGGAACACUGCAUAAGCAUGCAACUACUUCUGUGCCUAAACGCGGAGAUCUAGACGACGUCCAUGUCGUAUACACGGACGAGAAAUCGAAAGACCAAAGAGCACUUUUCACACCUACAUUUCUCUGGCAUUCAGACGUAACAUACGAAAUUCAACCACCCUCCUACACGUCACUCAAAGUCCUCACCGGACCACCUCGCGGCGGUGGCGGCGACACGCUAUGGUCUUCCCAAUACGCAGCCUAUGAUGCGCUUUCCGCGCCCAUGCAAAAAUAUCUUGAAUCCCUCACUGCGCUACACACCUCUCAUCUCCAAGCCGAAGGCUCGCGAGCACUCGGCCGACCCGUUCGACGCGAUCCCAUCAUCACUGAACACCCACUCAUCCGCUCACACCCUGUUACGGGCUGGAAAUCACUUUUCUUCAACCCCGGUUUCGUGACCAAGAUUGUCGGAAUCCCUAAAGUAGAAAGCGAUGUGAUUCUCGCCUAUCUGAAUGAAGUUGUGUCGACGACGCAGGAACUGCACGUUAGGUUCCAAUGGGGAAAGGAUGAUGUGGCAUUUUGA